AGUAGUGCUUUGUCAGGCUACCCAGGCUUUAAAGGGUGGUUCAGAAUUGCCAGGCUAUACACAUACUUAUCCUUACUUCUUCUCCAGGAUUUAUGAAAGAAAAAACUUUGUUCCCAAAGAGAUAGGGUGAACAACAUGGGAGAAAAGCCAUCAACAAGCAUUUAUGAAAUGUCUGCUAUGUUUCAGGCACUGGACAUGCAGUAUAAGAAAUGAAACAAAGGAGUUUAUGUUCCAUCAGGAAAACUACUUCUAUAUGAGCAGGUAGCUAGGGAGGGCAGUCUCAGUUGAGAGGAUCAGGAAAGGCUUUGUGUAGAAGGUGGUGUGGGCUUGAAGCAAGGGCUUCUAGAAGGCAGAGGUGCAGGGGGGGCACAUUCUGGGCACAGAGAGGCAAUUACAAAGGCAUAGAGAGGGGGGAUGGUGCCAAGUGUGAGAAAUUUUAAAAGGGCAAUUUGACCAGGUUAGCAUGCAGGAAGGGGAGUAAUGUGUAAUGGAGCUGGAAAGAUAGAUUGGGUCUAGGUUGUGAUGGUCUUGAAAAGCUACCCAGUCUUAUCCUAGAGACAAUGGGGAGCCACUGAAGUUGUUUCGUGAGGGAAUAACAUUGUUAGACAUGAGCGUAAGGAAAAUCAUUUUGGCAUCUUUGUGGAAGUUGGAUUGAGGUAGGGAGAGACGAGUCAGGAAGAUCAAUAAAGAGGCUAAUGAAAUAGUUCAGGGAGGAAGUGAUGAAGACCUGAAUUAAGAUGAUGCCUCUGUGAAGAGAGAGGAGGAGUCACAUGCAAGAGAUGUUAGGAAGGUACACUAUAACAAGAUUUGUCAACCGACUGGAUAUAUGGGGGAGGGGUGAGAUAUUGGAGUCAAGUAUAGCUCUGAGGUUAUGAACCUGGGAGAAUGGAAAAAAUAUAGUGCCUUUGACAGAAGUGUAGAAGGUUUUGGGGGAGGAUGAUGAAUUUCAUUUUGGACGUAUUGAGUAGAAAUGCCUGUGAAACAUCCCGUUUGAAAUGUCCACUAGGCAGUUGAUGUAUGAAUGAAGCUCAGGGGAGAGACCAGGCCUGGAUGUAUGGAUUUAUGAGCUGUCUACAUGGAGGUAAUCAUUAAACCCAGGAGAGCUGAUGAGGUCAUCAAAAAGAGGAGAGGAGGAACAUGCAGAGUUAGGGUGGUGAGCCAGCAAAGGAAACUGAGGAGCAGUCAGAGAGGUACUGUCUGAUGAGAACCAGGAGAGAGAAAUAUCUUGAAAUCCUAGAGAGGUCAGAGCAUCUCUGUGUGGUGAACAGUGCCCAAUGCAGCAGAGAGGUCAAGAAGGAAGAACACUGACAUGAUACCAUCAGAUCUGGUCACCUCCACAUAGGCAUUCUAGAACAGAAAGAAAGAACUGGUUCUAGAAUGAUUUUUUCAUGAGGUAGGAUCAGGUCUAGAAACAUUCUAAUUUUCAGUAGGUAUGAAAAAGGCAAACAUUUCUAGUUGGGAUCUGCUUUCUCUACAGAAAAGUACUUCCUUAAGAACUGAGCUGGAAGAGUGAUUCCCUGUUAACCCUCCCCUCUAUACACAAUGUUGGGAGGUCUCUAAGCCCAAAGUUCUUUAGCCCCUUGGUUUUACUCUUUACUUCUCCUUCCCAUCUAGCUCUUUGGCUUUACCAAUAUGGGCCUGGUCCAUACCCCUCUGCUACUGCUGUGGAGCUGGGGAAGUCUCCAGGCUUUUGAAUUGGUAGAAAAGGAGAAUGUUUUUCAGAAGGUCCCUUGUCCUGCCUUCUUGAUGUUUGAUAAUGCAGCUUACCUGACCGACAUGAGCUUUGAGCUCCCCUGUCACUGCAAGCCUGAAGGGGUGGCCGCUGUGGUCUGGUACUACCAGGAGCAACUAGGGAGCCACCACACCAGAGUCCUGACAGAUUUUGAUGGGCGGGUGGUGGUUGAUUCGGGACAAGUGCGGGUAGGCAGCAGCAUGCUGGCCCGCUUCAGCAUCCGGAUGUUCAGCUUACUGGUGUUCCGGGCACAGCCUGAAGACUCAGGGCUCUACCUCUGUGGGACACGCUACGGUGACUAUUUCUAUGGCUACGAUGUGGACAUACAAAGCAGCAAAAAAAUGGUGGCAGCGUUCAUUGACCUUGGCCAGAAGCCUGCUGUGGAUGAGGAGCAUGGGAACCUCCAUAUCUUCACUACCUUCUGGGAGUGGACCCACUGUGAUCGCUGUGGUGUCCGGGGGGAACAAUGGCGGAUUGGUCUCUGCUACCUGAAUAAACCAGGCCUUCCUCCCCGGUUCCGAAACAGUGUGCCCGAUAUGAUAUCCUGUGGCUCCCAGGCAGUGCCCAGGAAACUGCGAAAUAUGGCAGGGAAGCACCGUCCACCUGAGCUGAUGAUCCGGAGCUGCAUGGUGCCCUGCAAGAAGAAGUCACAGGUGGGACUGAUGGCCAUCUAUACUUUCGUCUCCAAGCUGGGCAGCAAACCCUGGGUUCCCAAAGUACCCAUUCAGCUCCACCAACAGAAGCUUGGCCAUGGGCUUAUCAUCUCCUGCCCUGGGGCUCGUCCAGAACAUGCUGUAGCCUGGGACAAGGACCAGCUCCGUCUAUACCGCACCAGCUUCCUGAAGGGGGUCAACCGAUCCAUGAGGAUAUUCAUUGACCAUGGCAAUCAAUUCCAUAUCCGAUUCACCCAGUUGAAUGACAGAGGAAUCUAUUACUGUUGGCGAGAAGGGGAGAUGGUAGCUGGCUUCCGGGUAGCUGUGACGUCUCGGGGUCGCUACUAUGCUUCUCUCUCUGACCCUGAGACCCGAUAUGCCCUGCAGGCUGCCCUGGUGGGCUAUGUGUUCCUUACAGUUGUCUUCAUCCUUAUCCACUUGUGCCGCUGCUGCUGUUACUUCUUUACUUGCUGCCCUGAUAUAUAGGCUUUUCCCUUAGACCUUAGAGACCAAUUAUUUAUUAAAUAUAUUAGUUAAAUGGUUAAAGUUCUAAUGAUACUGCGCCAUGGGUGGGAAGUGGAGACUAGAGAAGCAGUUGGUUAUGACUCCCCAAUCUACUAUUUAAUGAACAGUAUCAUUAGCAUGGACUAGGCAAAUGGAUGGAGAAGAGAUAAGGGUCUGGGUUCAGGGACCAGUUUCCUCUCCCUUCCCCUAAAGUAGGUAUGUAUGGAAUCAGAGCCAAGAGAUGGGGUCUUAGAGCUUUCCUUAAAAGAUGGUCAAGUAGGCAUUGGUUUGGUGGGGAAAAUAGAGAUGGCCAUGUUAAUGGGGGAGAUUUGGGGAGCUGAUUGAUUCUUUUGGAGAAGACCUCAAUGGUUAUUGAUUUAAAAAAAAGUUUAAAAAUAUCUUUUGUUUGUAAACUACCUUCAUUAGUUAAAUGUAAGAAGUCCUAACGAUACUGCAUCAUGGUUGGGAAGUGGAGAGCAGGAAGCAGGAACACAUGCUGUUGUUAUAACUCCCCAACCUACUAUUGAAUGAACAGUAUCAUUAGCAUAGACUAGAGAAAUGGAGAGAUGAUAAAGGUCUGAGAUCAGGGGGACAGUGAUAAGGCUGGUACUGUCUUGCUCCAUAUUUAAACCUGCUCUCCCCUCCCCUACGGGAAAUGUGUAUGGUGUUAGAGCCAAGAGGUGGGCUCCCUUCAUUUUCUCCUAUCCAGUGACGUUUCCUUGUAACACAUCAUUAAAAAGGAGGGGAAAAAAGCAGCUCAUUAAACCCAACUAAACACAUCAAGUGUGUCUGACAGUAUAUGAGAUAGUGCACACACCCAUGGUCUCUCAUCUCUGCAAAAGAAGAGGCAGCUACACCCAGCCUCCAUCCUACCGCAGGUGGCCCCAGUUGGCUAGGUCGGCAGGGGGAAAUGGGGGACUUGGGACAAUGAGAAGAGAUUAAAAAACAAGGUAGGGGUCCUAAGUGAGUGAUAAUGAGACAAAGUUCAGGCCUUUUCUGGGUCAUGAACUAGGGAAAGUUGUGGUGGGAAUCAUGAUUCACAGGCUGACGUGGGAACAUAAAGUGAGAUUGGUUGAAAAGGAGGCUGGUUAUUGGGCCUAUGUGGGGCCCCAGAUCUGAGAACCAGCACAGAGAGUCCUAGUCAAACCCUCAUUGGGGGUGGAAUUGGGGAAAUUGGUGUGGGAUAAGAACUGGAGGAAAGGAGGAAAGAAUCACUGGUGGCUCCCAGCUAUGCUGGAAUCCAGGGCUAGGGGAGACAGCAGGGUUUGCUCCUGCCUCAGUUCAUGGUGCCUCCCUCUCAAAUACAAAUCAGGUGCUCACUCCAAGGAAUGCAGAUCACACUUUAUUAUUUAUCCUCUGCAACUGACUAGAUUAAAGUCAGCAAUGGCGAAGCAGUGAAGUGACAGAGCUAAGGAAAAGGCAUGGUCGAAGGAAGCUUGAGAGAGAGGAAAGGUUCUCCAUUAUCUUCCAAGGUCUGGCCUGUUGGUGUGAAGUGGGGGUCUUGAAACAAAUGCCCCCAGAUCACUUUUUAGGCUCCACAUAUUGCUGCACUACCAACCCUAUACCCAGCAAAGCCUUCUACAGAAUGCCAAGGACACACACCGGGCCAAGCGCUGCUUUUAAAUCUAAGCCUAUUCAGCCUAAUCUCUUCCCCUGAUUCUACUCCUUAGUUUUCCCAUUUUUAAAAAUGGAGCCUAGGCUGACGUGUGUGGUGGGAGCAAGAGAGGGAGGGAGUUGCUACAGAAGAUCAUCAACACGUUAGAAAUACAGCUAGUCAGCAAUGUGUGAGAGAGGGACAGAAGAUAGGUAUUGCUAUCAUCCAAGCAGCCUCUGCAGUGUGUAGGAAGCCCCCCACAGUACCAACCAUGGCUGUUUCUGGGCCAGGGGAAUUAUUGGGGAAAAGGAACACUCUACUAAGUUUGGUUUGAGAGCCUAAAGCUUAAACUUAUACCAGGAAAUUGGAAAUUAUAUACCCUCUUAGUUCAAUUUAUGAGAGGGAGAGAAGGGAGGGGAAGUCAAGAUCAGAAUCCAUUUUAUACAGAAAAAAAUGGAAAAAGAUGGGGGAAGGUGAAGGGCUGUGGAGGUGGGAUGGUAUAAAAAGGACUGUGAGGCCUUGACUGGUCAAGAAAGAGGCCUUGGAAAUAGACUACAUGAUCCCCUAAGCUUGGUGGUCUCUCUAGCUGUACUUUCCCCAACAGAAUCUGGCAUGGGGAAGAGGAUGUUAACUUCUUAAUUGCCGUGAUCCAGAGGCCAAA